AUGAGCUUCUCGGACAACCACAGCGAUAGCGAAGUGCCCACUGCGGACGAGCACAACGCCUGCGAGUACCUCGACGCAGCUCUCACCGUCUUUGUCAUUGGCGCCUCGGGCGAUCUCGCCAAGAAGAAGACGUACCCGUCGCUCUUCGCCCUCUACACGUCGGGGUACCUGCCCGAGCACGUGGUCGUCGUGGGCUUUGCACGCAGCAAAAAGAGCGACUCCGACUUUCGUGCGCAGGUCGCGCCCUACCUCGAGCCCAAGACGUCCGAGGCCGAGGCCAAGAAGGACGCGUUCCUCAAGAAAUGCAUCUACCGCAGCGGGGACUACGACUCUGCGGACGCGGUCGGUAAGGUGAGCGACGAGAUGGAGGCGCUCGAAGAGGCCCACGGCACGUCUGUGGCCAACCGCCUCUUCUACUUUGCCAUUCCGCCCACGAUCUUUGUGCCCAUUGGCACCAGUAUCAAGAAGGCGGCGCUCACGUCCCGUGGCUGGAACCGCCUCAUCGUGGAGAAGCCCUUUGGCCGGGACCUCGAGUCGUUCAACAAGUUGUCGACGGACAUGGGCGCGCUGUACGCCGAGGACGAGAUCUACCGCAUCGACCACUACCUUGGCAAGGAGAUGGUGCAGAACCUGCUGGUGCUGCGCUUUGGCAACGCGAUUUUCGAGCCCAUCUGGAACCGCAACUACGUCUCGAGCGUGUCGAUUACGUUCAAGGAGGACUUUGGCACGCAGGGCCGCGGCGGCUACUUCGACUCGUACGGCAUCAUCCGUGAUGUCAUGCAAAACCACUUGCUGCAAGUGCUGUCCCUCGUGGCGAUGGAGCCGCCAGUCAUGGCUGCUGGCAAGGACUACUCGAACUACAUUCGCGACGAGAAGGUCAAGGUGCUGAACUGCAUCGAGCCGAUCAAGCUGGAGAACACGGUGCUGGGCCAGUACCAGGGCGACAAGGAGCGCAACGAGCCUGGAUACCUCGAGGACCCGACUGUGCCCAAGGGAUCGGUGACGCCCACGUUUGCCACGACAGUCAUGUACGUGAACAACCCCCGCUGGGCUGGCGUUCCGUUCAUUAUGAAAGCUGGCAAGGCCCUCAACGAGCUAAAGGGCGAGAUUCGUGUGCAAUUUCGCCCGCCUCCUGGCGCGGAGCACAUGUUCCCGGGCGUGAAGAUUCCCGUGCAAGAGCUCGUUCUACGCCUGCAGCCCGAAGAGGCCGUGUACAUGAAGAUGAACAUGAAGAGCCCGGGCUUGCAGACCCAGGCCAUCUCGAGCGAGCUCAACUUGUCGUACUCUGAGCGCUACGAAGGCGCCGAAGUGCCGGGUGCUUACACUCGUCUCAUUCUGGACGUCCUUCGCGGCAAGCAGGCGGCUUUUGUGCGUGACGACGAGCUGCGUGCAGCCUGGAAGAUCUUCACGCCGCUGCUGGACGAGAUUGAGCGUCAGAAGGUCAAGCCUCUGCCCUACGCCUUUGGCUCGCGCGGACCCAAGGACAGUGACAAGCUCAUCAACAAGGUUGGCUUCCGGUACCACAACGGUGCGUACCAGUGGCAUUCUCGUAGCCGCGCCACCAGUGCGCUGUAG